AUGGCUUUUCCUACUCCUCAUUUCUUUUCCACUAAGCCUAUCCUUUCUCUGUAUUUCUUCACUUUCUUGGUUUUAGGAUCUGCCCUUAUUUCAUCUGCUUCCAAGCUACCAGGCAAUGAGACCGACAUUAUCUCACUUCUUGAAUUCAAAAAAAUGAUAAAAGAUGAUCCAUUUGGUGUCAUGGCCUCGUGGAAUGAAACCAUCCAUUUCUGUGGGUGGCCUGGUGUUUUGUUUGGCCGACGCCACUUGAGAGUCAUGUCUUUAAACCUCAGGUCUCUGAAAUUGGUGGGAUCAUUGACUCCACACAUUGGGAACUUGAGCUUUCUCAAAGCUUUGGACCUUCAAAACAAUAGUUUUUCAGAUUUCUCAUAUAACAAUCUUACAUGCAACAUUCCAUCAGAUCUUGGCACCCUAAAUAAUCUUCAAGUCAUUUCUUUUAUUCACAACAACCUUGUUGGUAAAAUCCCCCAUUCUUUAGGGAAUCUUUCACUGCUCAAUAGCUUUGCUGUCUCCAUCAAUAACUUAUUUGGAGAAAUACCUGAUUCUCUAUGUAAAUUAUCUAAACUACAAUACCUUUUAGUUAGCCAAAAUAAUUUGAGUGGCAUUAUACCCCCUUCUCUAUUCAACCAUUCGUCCAUGUUGGCUAUUAAUUUGGCUGGAAAUCACAUAAGGGGGACUUUGCACCCUAACCUUUUCGUCACUCUUCCCCACCUUUUAUAUUUUUCUAUCUAUGAAAACAAUUUCGUGGGAAGUAUUCCUGUUACAUUAUCAAAUGCAACACAAAUGCAAAUGUUCAGUGUUACUGAUAACAAAAUGACAGGAAAAGUUCAAACCUUGGAAAGUUGCAAAAACUACAAAGGUUCUUGGCCGGAGAAUAAAAUCGACGGAGAAAUUCCACUUGAGAUUGGGUAUCUUAGUAAUCUGAGAGUUUUGGGAUUAUUUGGAAACAAUUUUUUUGGAAAAAUUCCAUCUUCUAUAGGAAAUUUAACCCUUUUAUUACAUCUUAGUUUUGGAGGAAACUACCUCCAUGAUACAAUUCCUGCCAGCCUCGGAAAAUGCCAAAACCUAGAGUUUUUAGAUCUUUCUCGCAACAACCUUAGUGGGCACAUCCCUAAGGAAGUUCUUGAACUCUCAUCCUUGUCUUUGUUUUUGGAUCUCUCUGACAAUAACUUCAUAGGCUCCAUUCCAAAAGAGGUUCAGUUUUUGACAAAUCUAGGGAUUUUGGAUCUAUCUUAUAAUUCAUUCUCUGGCACUAUUCCACCGGAGCUUGGUAGCUGCGUUUACUUGGAAAUCCUGAAUCUAACAAAUAACAAUCUUGAAGGCCCAAUUCCAUCAACUUUGGAAAAUUUGAGGUUCAAGGUAUUAAUUGAUCUUUUGCGUCAUGGAGCUUCUAGAAUUUUUGUAGCUGAGUGUGAGAUAUUGAAAAACACCAAACACCGGAAACUUGUCAAGGUGUUAACUGCUUGCUCAGGAUUUGAUCUUCAAAAAAAUGAUUUCAAGGCAUUAGUUUACGAGUACAUGGAUAAUGGGAACCUUGAGAACUGGUUGCAUUUUAGUUCACAGGAGACUUUCGAGAUUGAAGAGAAUAGGAUGUUAAGCUUUUCUCAGAGGUUAAACAUUCUCAUUGAUGUGGCCAACGCUUUAGAUUAUCUUCAUAACAAUUGUGAAUCUGCAAUAAUCCAUUGCGAUCUCAAGCCGAGUAAUGUUCUCUUGGAUAAAAACAUGACUGCACAUGUAAGUGAUUUUGGACUGGCAAGAUUUGUACAACAAAGGAUUCAAAGCUCUUCAUCAGACAACCAUAGUUCUAUAGGAGUACAAGGAACUGUUGGAUAUGCACCUCCCGAAUAUGGUAUGGGAAGCAAGCCAUCAAAAGCAGGUGAUGUAUAUAGCUUUGGCAUACUAAUCUUGGAAAUGCUCACUGGGAAGAGACCUACACAUGAAUUGUUCCAAGAUGGCUUAAACCUUCAUAGCUAUGCUAAGGCUGCUUUAGCAUACGGAGGAGUGGAGAUUGCAGAUCCAAAACUUCUCCAUGAAAGAGAUGAACAAACACAAAUGCGGAAGAAAAGGAAAUCGUGA